AUGCGCUUCUUCCUGCUAACGCUGGCCGUUUACUUUGUGCCAAGUCUAUUCUUCGUUGUCUCAGCACAAAUCCCGCACACCCCACGCGAAGCCUUCAAUGGCCUCAUCACUAACAGAGAUGAGCCUCCUCCCAGCAGCACCACGCAAGCCAUUGAUGACAGCACGACGACAAGUGCAAUUAGCCAUGCGACAGAUGUGGCAAGUAACGCGACGAGGACGACCAAUGCCACCAUUCCAGCCUCCACAACUCUUACCUCGUUAAACUCAUCUGUGACAAACGAUGACAACAAGGCGCCCACCAAUCCGAAUGAUCUUCCAUUGCAACCCGAAGUCACCCCGGCUCUGGGUAUCGGUGGCUUUAUCCUUCUUGCUGCCGGAGCUGUCCUCGCAUUGAUUGGGAUUCAAAAUCUUUGGAUUCAAGUCUUCUUAUCCACGGCAUUCUUGACCAGUCUUGGUGUUACUGUCCUCAUUGUCUACGUGAUGAGUCCGCCAGUGCGAGUCGCCGUCCAGGGCGCAUACCUGGUCGCUAUCGUCUUUACCGGCGCAACCUUUGGGGCGCUAGCUAUCGUCUUCAAGGAGCUGACGGAGGGUCUUGGCUGCCUUUUAGGUGGCUUCUGCACUAGUAUGUGGCUUCUCUCGCUGAAGUCGGGAGGCCUCCUGACGGACACCAACGCCAAGAGCGGAUUUAUCGGGGCCAUGUCGGCUGCCUUCUACGCGAUGUCCUUCAGUCAAUACACCCGUCCGUACGGGUUGAUGGCAUCUACAGGGAUAUCCGGCGGUACCGCCGUGGCGCUAGGGAUUGAUUGCUUUAGCCGCGCGGGAUUGAAGGAGUUUUGGCUCUACAUCUGGGAUCUCAACAGCGACAUCUUCCCGUUAGGCACCAGCACCUACCCGGUCACGCGCAACAUCCGCGUUGAACUCGCCGUCACCGUCAUUGUCGCCAUUUUGGGUGUAGUCUCCCAGCUUCGACUGUGGAAAGUGGUCCGCGAACGUCGCCAGAAGGAGAAAGAAAAGCGCGAUCAGGAGCGACAGCACCACGAACAGGCCGAGGCCGAGGUUGGCCGCCGACUAGAAGAGGAUAAUAUGCAGGAGCGGAAGGAGUGGGAGGCCACGUACGGGGAAGGCUCUCCGUUGUCAAGCACCCCUGAGCUAUCUGGGGACUCCAAGCGGCCAAUCGACGAGAUGGAUGCCAUGGAGAAGGGCGAUGCCAUCGAGGUCCGAAGUAUCUCGGAGUCGUCUUACAGCUCAUAUCGAUGCUCAGACUGCAGGGAGCGCGGCGAGGAUAGCGAUACCGAUUCCCAUACGUCGGACGCUAGCGCAGGCAGUCGGGAUGGACAGCCAGAGGGCGCGGGUGGAGAUAGCGGUGCCGUGACGCUCAAGGUGUUCGAUGGCGCGGCCGCGGCCCGCAUGAAGGAUGAUAGAAGCUCCGAUGUCACUGCUCUUAUUGGGUCAGAGGCGGGAUCGGUGCGCUCGAGACGGAUGUCGAGGGCUUCGUUGGUGGAAAAGGCCGAGGAAGCUGGUGGUAAUGGACUUCUUCACUCGGAGUCGAAGGAGGCGCUUGUUUCGGUUGAUGGUACUGCUCCAUCUUCUAAUGAUAUCCCGGAUUUUGGCAGCGAUCGGGCUGCCGAGGAGAGUCAAACUACACCCGCGGGAGAUGAGGAUGAUGAUGAUGAUGCUAAAGACAGCACAAAACCGGAGAACAAGGAGCCUACCGAAGCCGAAGAGUCUGACGGCAAUGCUUUACAGGAUGAGAAAGGAAAAGACAAACCUGUGGAGGUCAAGCACGAACCGCAGGCAAUUGAGACAGUACCAAAGAUUGAGUCCUCAAAUGAGCAGGGUGAUCAACCCGAGCACAAGGAUGACCAGAAGCAGCCGCCAGCGGCCACGACCGAAACAACGGAAGAGAAGCCACAGGAUAUUGUAUCAGAGACACAUCCGGAGGCAGAGCAAGGUGAAAAGAGCCCUCCUUCAGGACAGAGUAUAGAGGCCAUUGCCGAGCAAAAGCAGGUACUUGACAAACAUCAGCAGAAACCAGCAAACGAGGGGAAAGAGGGCAAAGAGACCGAAACGUCUAUAGCCUCUCAACCAAAAGCAGAGAACACAAAGCGCAAAAGGGGGAAGAAGUCAUCAAAGAAAAAGUCGAAGGCGUCACAAAAACAGCAAUCUUACGCGGCCCUUCCAACGGAGGAGAACAGGCCCGAACGACCUCUUACAAAUGACAAGGAAGGAGCUCCUGGAAGCGCAUUAGAUCAGCCACACCAAUCAACAUCGGACAAGAAUGAGACCCCGGGCACUAACCACAGCAAAAGCGCGGCAUCAACUCGUCCUAACGAGACCGAAUCGAAACCUAAGAAAGAAGAGCCCGUGGAACCUUCGGAACCUCCUAAGCUCGAUGAGAAAACUGUGAAACACCUGCCAAAGCAGACAUCCAAAGUGGUUCAAUCCUAUCGCACUAAUGAGUGGGCAAAACACCUCGCUGAUGCAGAAUUGCCCGAGCUCGAACCGAUCAAGCCUAUGGAAGAGGAGGAGCCCGAAGUUGUCCCCGAAGUAGAGGAAGUCGCAGCACCGGUCAACGUGGAGGAGCUAUUGCAGACGCCGCUGAAUGCUCAGCCGCCUCCGGCUGUAGAACGCAAGGUCAAAGACCUAUCCAGAUCUAAGAGUCACCGAAUUUCAGGGGACCCAUAUCUGCACCAGGGUCUUCAUCCAAGCCGGUCCAAGAAGAAGCCAUCGCCUCCUCCAACAGAUCCGUUGCAGCUGGGCAAUGCUGUCGGGGCGGAACAGCCCAGAGACGAGCCUGAGCCUCCUAAGCCACGGUGGAGAGGACCGCCUCCGCUCAUAGCCGUGCGGGAGGACAUUAUGCGCAACCGCUUGUCGUCCUUCUCGCUGAACUUUGAUCCCUUCUCGCGGAACGGCUCCGGCUCCUGGCAAGCGCCGCUCGAUAGCCAACCGCCACGGUACUCGUUCGCCGGCCCCAACCUCGAAGAGACGGACGACAACAUGCCACUGUCUCAGCGCCGCACAUUGCUGCACCAGCAGACAAUUCAAAGCCCACCGCAAGCACAUAUCCCCAGCCCACCAGCAGUACCCAGAAGACACCCCAGCAAUGGCCAAUCCUCCAGCAACAUGCCGGCUGCGAUGGCGGCCUGGCGCGAAUCGAUCUUGGAGGAUCUGAGGGACAAACGGGACCCCCUCGCAAAACAGCCGGAUGGGCCCGUAGGCAUGGCCACGGGAGUCGAUCGCAGCCCGCCCCCCUACGUCCAGUCGCUGCAGCGGCACAGUUCGUUGGUCCACCACCGCCACACCGCUGCCGCUGCAGGGGAAGGCCCGCCGCGCGGCGGCGACAUGAGUGAGUUGCAUCGGGAGGCCAUGCGGCGGAUGCAGGCCAAGGCCAACCGGAAGGCAAGCGGGGGGUUGUGACGGGCCGCGCUGCCGUUGGUGGUCUUGUUGUUUUCGAGGUCAUUGCGCACCAUCCCCCGCUACGGUCGACGCCUGUUCUAUUGACUUAUGUUUCUCUGUAACUUCUGCACAUCCGGGAUAUAGAUUUAGAUUAUAGAUCCGAGGGCUUGUCUGCAGAUGACUUUGACUG